CACCCGAGUUGUUCCCAGUGGAAAACUAUGUCUCAGCCGCUCCGUAAUUGAAAUCCUGGACAAAUUUCCAACUGCAUGUCAGGUGCUUCAGGUGUUGCGUGGUGUUUUCAAUAUAUAAUGAGUUUUGACUCCCGUAGAGUGAAUCAAGUGAAAGUCUAAGUUCAAGUUGUGGAAAUAAGUUCUGGAUUGAAGUGUCCAAAAAUAGCCACGCAAAGUCUGUCUCUCCUUGACACACUGACUCUCGCGGGAACGUGAAAAUGCCAACUUCUGGACCAAUUACGAAGCAAGGCUCCAUCAAGCGGCAGGGCUCGAAGCGGCGCGCCUCGUGCCUGGGCGGCGGGCAGCCGCAGACGCCCAAGGAGGUGCCCUGGGACCUCUUCGAUCGCCUCCUUGUGCCGCUCGUGAGUUGCCAUGGGGCCGCAAUUGUGCUCUCCACGCUCCUCAACGUGCUGCGCAUCUCGCAGGUCUCCACGUUCGCCCUCUUCAUCUGGUUCGCCCUCUCCACCACCGGGGCAGUCAUGUUCUACCACUUGCUAAAGGUCUCGGCGUCCGGCAAGGGAGUCCUCGUGACGGGCUGCGAAUCGCCGCUGGUAUGGCAUCUGGCGCGUCACCUCGACGAUAUGGGCUUCACGGUGUUCGCGGGCUUCACGCAACUGGCGGACUCCGAGGAGGCGUCAAUCCUGAAGGACGAAAGCUCCGGCCGCAUGAAAGUCUUGCAACUUGACCCCACAUCAGAGACACAAAUGUUGGAAACUUCGCUGUUCAUCAGUGAGAACCUACCAGAUGGCGCCCGAGGACUCUGGGCGGUGAUUCACUGUGCAACCUGGGUGGCUCUCGGAGAAUUCGAGUGGAUCCCUUUCAAUGUUCUCCGGAAGGCGAUAGAUGUCAAUCUAUUGGGAACGGCUCGUCUGACGCAGAUUAUGCUGCCGCUGGUGAGGAGGGCAAAUGGGCGGCUGAUCUUCCUCUCCUCGGCCCUGGCCCGGAUCCCAUCGCCCGUGCGGGGCGUGCAGUGCGCCACGCAGGCUGGAAUCGAGGGCCUGGCCACGUGCCUCCGGGAGGAGCUCCGUCCGCGCGGCGUGGAUGUGUCCGUGGUGGCGGCCGGCGAGUACGUGGCCGGCACGUCGUGGCUGAACGAUAAGCUGCUUAUGGAGCAGGCGUCUCAGAUGUGGGCCCGCUUAAGUGAUGAGCAGAGGCGAGUGUAUGGGAAGGAGUACUUUGAACAUGCCAUCAGGUCCCUGGAGAAAUACACCAAAGUGACUGCUGACUUCACUCCAGCCAUUCGUUCGCUCGUCGAUGCCACCAUCAGGACUUUCCCGCUCGCUCGCUACACGCCAGUCACUCGUGCUGAAAAGAUCCAGACAAUAAUUGCCCAACAUCUUCCCAAAUCCGUCUACGACGCCAUCUAUCACAAGUAGGAGUCAUGUAUUGCUCUUGAGAGAAAUAAAUAUGAGUUGCUGAUGUGUAAA